GGAAAGUUGUAUGAACUUGUUCUUGUUGUAGUGGGAUGUGAUUGUAGCCAGCAAGUAACAGCUUUAUGUACUUGUAAAAGGUUAAGCGGAAACAUAGGAUACUAGGGAUGCCUAAAACCAUUACAUAGUAACAUUGGCUGGUGAAGAAUCCAACAUAGUUUUAACUGAGGCACAUAUACUCAUAUUUUUUUAUUUAGCGCAAAAACUGAUGGAGUGCAGAAUGUUCAGAUGGCUUGGCAUCAACUUCUAUGUAGUACCAAAUUACAAAUUUCACAAAAAUUUCAAGUUAUAAUAUACUGUAUUCUUCUUUACCAGAGAACUACUGGAUUCUAUGCAAGCUGGAAAAUUAGAGCCAGAAGUGGCACUACUAAAUGCAUCACUUAUUCCAGAUGUUUUUCCUGUUUUAGCAGCUGCACAUAAGACACUUCUAGCUAAAUCAAGGGAGUCUCUCACCACACGAACUCUCCAUUCUGAACUUGUUUAUAAUUACUCGGGCUCUAAGCAUAUAUCAGAAUCCUUAAAAAGAUGUGGCAUCUCAGACGACACAACUUACGUCCUUGUGGCUCGCUUUGGUGCUUCAACUGAUGAGAUUGCGGCCAUAGAGAAACUGAUCAAAGGUACACAGAUUGACCUCAAGGAAUUAAAACAAAAAGCCAGCCAUGCCCAGAUUCAAAAGCACUACAAGAUAUCAAACUUGGAGCUUGAGAUAUCGUCAUUAUCAGAUGCAAUAACCUGCAGAAUUGCUGUUCGAGAUGCCUUGUGAGCAAUGGCAUGAUCUUCAAUAUGCACAAUGUUUCAAGUACUUGCUGUCUUUGGUUAAGGGUGUAGCAGAAGAUUUACUACAUUUCAGAGCUUGCAUAAUUAAUGUAGUUUUCCGUAUUGUCAUUAUUGGCUUUGACUAAUGAAAGCCUUUGUAUUAUGCUUGUCUUGUUGGAUUAAAUUUGAACAAUUGAACCACACUGAGGAACCAUACACAUUUGUUAUGUAUCUUAUAGUUCAAGACAGUCUUGUCAUUGCAGAAUUCUUGGAAUAGUAUUUAUGUUCCUACUA